AUGAAGAUGCGAGUUCUCAUGGAACGAAUGGCGGAGGCAUCGGCAGAUGAACCUAGAGCUGGAACGGUCUUCUCAGUUGUUUUAUCUAUGAUAUCAAUGGCUGUUUUGGCAAUCUGUAUGACUCGUCGCGUUCAAAAUGUGCAGGAUUGGUCUCGAUACCCUCUCGUUUGUUGGUUAUUUGUUCUUGGGUCCGCAGUUGUUUCGGCGGGGUUUCGUGUCAAUUAUUCGCAGUAUAUGUGCUCCAAUGCUAUUAUAUUAUGCUUAUCUUGUUAUAUGACGACCAAAGUGAGUAUUGAAAUCAAGGAAUCAGACUCGUUGGUUUCUUGUUUGAAUUGGGCCAUCAAUUUCCAACAUGAUCUUCAGCCAGCUGUAGUACGUCUUCUUCACUGCAAGCGACCGCAACAUUCACUAAAGCCAGCAGGUUGUAAAUUUGCUCUUACUUUUUUUACUCGUACAUUCACUAAGAUAACAGUUCAUCAUUCGUCGAUCGUCAAAACCGCGCAUCAAAGAUCCGCUUUACCUCUUCAACUCGAUUGGAAUGCUAAAUUUCAAAGCCGAUUCGCCAAUUAUGAGAAUGGUGAAUGUCGGAUUGGGAUGAAACAAGUCGCGAUGAUACCUCUUAUUGCUUUCGAUAUACUAGUCAACGUCUACCUAACGUUUUUGUUUCUCGUUCCACUACAAGGCUUGUACUCCUACAAGAAUAACCCAAACUCACAAACACGUACCGUCGCACUUCGCACCUUUAUUGGAAGUUGUUGUGCGCUUACUUCUAGUGUCGUUAAUUUGACUUUAUUAUUGGUGCUGAAAGGCGAGCCAGGUUGGGUAUGUCUUAUGUGUUGUAAUCUCGACAUACUCUUCAGCGUUCUAGUCCUCCAUUGGAUAACUUCCAAAGACAAUGCUUCUACCUUCCUCCCGCGUCGUUCUUACUCACAUGCUCAUUCACAUACCUGUUCCUACCCUACGAUCCGCACCAGCGCUCUUCCUUCUCCUAUUUCCCCCUACCCACUUAUUUCCAGUCCUCGUUCUAUUCCCGAGAACAUGGGAUUUUCGAAUCGAGAUCAUUUGUUUACGAGUACAAACGGUGUGAAUGGUGCGAAACCAGAUGGUUAUAGUUAUGCCAGAGAUGCUAUUGAUUUACCGACAGUUACGACGACUGUGACUGCUGGAGUGGGGGUGGGAGAAAUAUUGAACGAAGAAGAGAAAAAGAAGAAUAGAGGACUUGAGAAUGGAAAUAGAAAUGGAGAGAUAGGGAUCAGAAAACCGAAAAUGGCGAUUACGGUUGAGAGGGAUCAUGUGAGGGAGGUGGUGGAGACGGGUAUUAGAAUUGUGAAUGAUCGUGAUCAUGAGAGGUUGAUCUUGACGCUACCCAGGAGUAUUAGUGGAGGUGGGGGGAGUAUUGGGAUUGAAAUUGAAAUUGGAGAUGGGGAGAAAGAGGGGCGGGAGGGAAGGAGAGGGGAGGAGGAUGGUAUGGAUAUCUCUUUUUGA